UGCUAGAGUUGUAGUGUUCAACCUGCACGUUCAUGGCCAUGGCGCGGUACACGCGCACGUUCAUAAUGUCUCCAAAUUACGUUUGAGGACACAUUGCGGAAUGUCGAAGGACGACGAACUGCCUCUUCGAUAUCACAUUGCACACGAGCAGUCUGUGGAACAGGACAAUGAAAGGAACUCCGAUAGCCUGCAGUCUACGAACCCGAUGUCUGUGGAACAGAACAAUGGGAGGAACUCCGAUAGCCUGCAGUCUACGAACCCGAUGUCUGUGGAACAGAACAAUGGGAGGAACUACGAUAGCCUGCAAUCUACGAACCCGAUACCAACCAGCGAAUCGGCUGAAUCACCACAAGUCGUACACCGCUUUAAUGCCAAUCUUCCUAUUCUGACAACUCUAGCCAUAGCCUGCGUUCUGGAGUUAGGUCUCCUACUGUCGUUAGCCUUGGUACGACGGUACGGUGCUGGUAACGGGGCAGCAGUGCAGCCGGGCUUCUCCCACAUGACCGCCCCAUUCCGAAACUACACCACUGUUUCGGACGCUCCUCCUCUUUGCAGUCACAUCCCAGGCAAAAUUUACGCUCGCAAAGGCACGGUGGCCGACUGUGCCGUUGCCUACGCCUUCUGCAUGGCUGUCGUAGUUCCUCAUAGGAUGGGCCUCGGAGGAGGAUUCUUUGCAACACUCUACAUAAGGAGCAAAAAGAGCGUCGUCGUUCUGGAAGCGCGUGAGGCGGCACCGAGGUCAUUAAAUGGAUCGGAUUUCGAUUACUCUCAUUCUACAAAGAAAGGCGCAAGAGCUACCGGUGUGCCAGGAUUUCUGCGGGGUCUCGAGGCACUCCACGCCAGAUUCGGGAGGCUGCCAUGGUCUUCACUUCUAGAGGACGCUGUGAAACUUGCACGGUUUGGCUUCCCUGUGUAUCGAGAGUUAGCCACCGUACUCGCAAAGUAUGGCGAAAUCAUUCUGCAGCGUCAGACAUUAAAACAUAUAUUCCGCAACCCGGCCACUAAACAGUUAUAUACAGAGAACGAAACACUGAGGCAGCCUGCCUUGGCAAUGACGCUCCUAGCUAUUGCUAAAGAGGGAUAUGAAGGUUUUGCCCACGGGGAUUUUGGAGCCAAAUACGUGAAAGACGUCACGGAUAACGGGGGUCUUCUAGAACGGGAAGACAUGGAACGCUACAACGCUGUCUGGAAGGCGCCUACGACGUCAGUCUACCAGGACGGUUCGGUAGUGAUGAGUCCAACUCCCCCUGGAGCCGGACCUCUUCUCGCGUUCAUACUCGGCACGAUGGAUAUGUUCCGGAUUUCCAAAGACGCAUUACUGGAGGACAACUCUCUCUCCUAUCACAGACUCCUAGAGACGUUCAAGUUCGCCCAUCCGUUUCGAGACGACCUCGGUGACAGUAGCUACGAGAACGUCGCAGACACUGUGCGUGACCUUUCUUCCAUGGGUCAAGCGCUGAAAACGAACAAGCGCAUAGCUGACUCCUCCACCUUUCCGGAUGCCAUCUUUUAUGUGUUCGACAUGCAGCAGUUACACGAAACCUGGGCCGUGGCUUCAGAGGCAUCGACGACUUCGAAGAAUAACGACGUACACAGUUACAAUGAGUUUCGAUGGCGCCCAGUCUUACACAAGCCUCACGGGCAAAAUCAUCGACGGAAGAAGCCCAAGAACGUGGACAUCAAACGAGGUGCCGCUAAUGCGGUGUUCACCUCUCCUGGAGGCGACGUCUUAGCCUUUUCCGGAAGCCUCGGCAUGCUUUUUGGUGCCAAGGAGGCUUCACACUCGACAGGAAUAUUGCUCAACAGCGCCUUGGCAGCAUUUACUCCGAGGCUCAGGGAACGUUUCUAUGGGCACGCGGGUGUGUCCUUGAAUCACGCCAAGCCUGGGAAGCGCCCCAUGGCAGCCUUAGCACCGACCAUUGUACUGGGCAGAGAUGCAAAGCCCAUUGCUGCAGUUGCAGCAGCCGAAAUCACCGAUACACCUCAGUACGCGGCUACGAUUCUUUGUCGACUGUUAUUCAUGAACAAGACGAUUAUGGACGCCAUUAGCGAGCCGAAAAUACGUUUCCGUGCCAACGUCAAGGGCGCUCUGUACGAUGCAAAACUUCGGCAUGAGAUUUUUCAGGACCUUCAGAACAAAGGCCACAAAAUGCUCGUACUAGAAGAUACUAUUACAAAUGCCGUUGGCAUCUUUUGGGACGAAGACGACGACAUAUAUCCGGGGAUAAAUGAAGGCAUAGGAGGCUACUUUGAUGGUGAUUAAAAUGUGUCUCUUAAGGUCAA